UCUAUAUACUCCGCACUUUUUUAGAGCGGAGAGCGGAGAUGUGAACCGUAAAGGUUAAAUGGGUUAAAUGAACGUCUGGUAUUUUUUAUGAUUCUUGACUUGCCGUUUAACAAUAAUAAUUGUGAAAUAACUCAAGUAAUGUUCAUUUUAUGAAUCGUUUCGAUCCAGAAACACUCGUUUUUUUAUUAUAAAAAUUCCAUCAAUACGAUCAUUGAAGUUUAUGCGAUCCAACUGUCAUUAUCUCAUCUUGCAGGAGAAAGAUGUGAGAAUUUGCAGCGAUUUAUUUAAUGUUUAAGGAUCAUCAUGGCUGUUCUUAAAUCAAGACCUACCUGCUUAUUGAAAACAUUUGGAUUAUCCAGAUAACGCUUCUUUAAAUUAUACAAGAUAUAUAAAUAAUGUCCUUCAGAAUACGUUUAGCUCGCAGCAGGCCAAUUAGACUUCUGGGGAGUGUAGCUAUGAAGUGUUGGGCUUUCAGUGGAGCAUAUAUCCUCGUGUGCUUUUUUUUAUAUUGGUUAUACGGUGGAGUUUUGGCUUUCUUUUUGCUGUGUUUUGCCACAACUGGAAUACUUUAUCAUAGAGAAGAUCAACUUCUUUAUCAUCCAGAACUGCCGGCCCAUUCAAGAGUUUACGUACCAGCUCCUUCAAUAUUUAGUUUGCCUUAUCAAAGUAUAUAUACCAGAGCUGGAGAUGGCACAAUGCUGCACAUGUUUUUUGUUUCUCAACCAGAAGAUAGAAUGAGGAAGGCGCCUACGUUGCUGUUUCUUCACGGCAACGCUGGCAAUAUGGGCCAUCGAUUGCAGAAUAUAGUAGGACUCUAUCAUAAUAUUCAGUGUAAUAUUCUAAUGUUAGAAUACCGAGGGUAUGGGCUUUCGCAAGGUACUCCGUCGGAGGAGGGCCUUUAUAUGGAUGCUCGAGCAGGAAUAGAUUACCUGUUUAGUAGAACGGAUAUUAAUACCAAUGAAAUUAUAGUAUUCGGUAGAUCGCUAGGUGGAGCGGUAGCCAUUGAUUUAGCCACGAAGGAAGAAAAUUCACAGAGAAUUUGGUGCCUUAUACUUGAAAACACCUUCACCAGUAUCCCAGAUAUGGCCGCCUUAUUUGUAGGAUCUAAAUUUUUACAGUACUUGCCACUUUUUGUAUACAAGAACAAGUAUUUGUCUAUUCUGAAAGUUCGCUCAGUCACAGUGCCCACUCUGUUUAUUUCUGGUCUGGCGGAUACACUGGUACCACCCCGCAUGAUGCAGGAUCUUUAUAAGAAUUGCCGAAGCACAUAUAAACGUAUACUUCCAAUCGUGGAUGGCACACAUAACGAAACCUGGUGUCAACCGAGUUAUUAUCAAAACAUUGACGCCUUUCUGACCGAGCUCAGGGAAAAUCCACCUCCAAGGGUAACGUCUAGUCAUUGGCAAAUCGAUAAUAUUUAGUGAUAAAGCGCUUCUAUUGUCACAUCUAUUAUUGUCUAUCGUCAUAAACGUAAAGGUAAUUUUUACAUGUUAGAAACAUGUAAAAGAAUUGACUUUUCGAAUUGAACUUUUUCUACUUUUUGUAGAAAUUGCUUUUACGCGUUGCAGAAAAAGUCGAUCUUAUCGAUUCAGAAGUGAUUACUAAUUAUUGUUACGUCCAAAUCAAAGCAUAAUUAAAUGAAUUAAUUAUUUCAAAUUAUUGUGUCAAUUCAUUUAAGUAAUAUAAUUAAAUUUACUUAAAC